UUGAAGCUUUCCGUUCAACGGAAUUUUUGACAAAUUCAAAUCAUUGACGCGUUUUGUGUGAUUUAAUUGAAAUAAAUAACAGUUUUUGCAAAUAAUUUUAUGUGUAUUGUAUCAAGAUGACGACCGACAAGAUUCGGAAGGACAAGAAUCAAAACAUUCAAGUGUUUAUUCGAUUAAGACCCUUGAACCAGCGUGAGCGGGAUAUAAAGUCUCUGGGUGUGAUAGAAGUGGUGAACAACCGGGAAGUGGUGGUCCGCCAGUCACAACAGACUAAUCACACCAAGAAGUUCACAUUUGACCGGGCAUUUGCACCAAAUGCUAGUCAGCUUCAAGUAUACCAAGAGGUAGUGAGUCCUCUGAUAGAGGAAGUCCUCAAUGGGUACAACUGUACAGUGUUCGCGUACGGGCAGACAGGCACCGGCAAGACACACACCAUGGUUGGAGAGCAUACCGGUUCUGAUACACACUGGCAGAAUGAUCCUCUGGCCGGUAUAAUUCCACGCGCCCUCUCCCAAUUAUUUGACGAGCUUCGUCUGACCAACACGGAGUACACAGUGCGGGUGUCUUACUUGGAGCUGUACAAUGAGGAAUUGUUUGACCUGCUCUCCACUUCGGAAGACAAUUCCAAGCUCAGGAUCUAUGAGGAUGUGACGAGGAAGGGUUCCAAUAUUGUUAACGGAUUGGAGGAAGUUACAGUAUUCAACAAGAAUGAAGUGUACAAGAUUAUGGCACAGGGGCAGGAGAGGAAGAGGGUAGCCUCUACUCUUAUGAAUGCACAAUCAAGUCGCUCCCACACGGUCUUCACAAUCGUAGUCCACAUGAAAGAGAACAGCCCUGAAGGUGAGGAGCUGAUGAAGAUAGGGAAACUCAACCUGGUGGACUUGGCUGGCUCGGAGAAUAUCAGCAAGGCUGGUUCUGACAACCCCGCCAAGAAGGAGAGAGCUAGGGAGUGUGUGAACAUCAACCAGUCUUUGCUGACCCUCGGCAGAGUCAUCACUGCACUGGUGGAGAGACAUCCGCAUAUACCUUACAGGGAGUCCAAACUGACUCGUAUUCUCCAAGAGUCCUUGGGCGGUCGCACAAAGACAUCCAUCAUCGCGACCAUCUCCCCUGGCCACAAGGACUUGGAGGAGACCAUGAGCACCCUGGAGUAUGCCCAUCGCGCCAAGAAUAUCCAGAACAAGCCAGAAGUUAACCAGAAGAUGACCAAGAAGGCUAUUUUGAAGGAGUAUGCUGAGGAGAUUGAUAGACUCAAGAGAGACUUGCAGGCUACUAGGGAUAAGAAUGGCGUGUAUCUAGCGAGCGAUACAUUCGCGGAAAUGACUCUCAAAGAAGAAGAACAACGAAAGGAGAUUCAGGAACUUCUCCUCAAGAAGAGAGCCAUGGAAGAAGAGAAAGAGAAAAUGGAAGCUGUGUUCCAGGAGCUGAAUGAGACAUUGGAAACCAAGAACAAUGAACUGGCCACUACUGUGUCACAGCUUGAUAACACUAAAAAGGAGUUAGCUACUACUAGCAAAGAGUUGACCCGCAGUCGGCAGGCAUGCGAGGAGCAACAGGUGCUGGUGUCGGCGCACUGCAGCACGGAGGUAGCUCUAGGGUCACAGGCGCGGGAACUGCUGGCCACCGCCGACGUCGCCACCACGCACGUCGCCUGUCUACACGACGCUGUCGAUAAACGGAAGAAUGUAGAGUCCACAAACUUGGAGAUAACGCGCACGUACCGCGAGGAGUCGGAGCAACAACGCGGCACCAUCAGCACUGGAGUCAAACACUUCGCUGACACUGUACACUCUGCAUUCAGCAACCUGCAGGAGGCUAUGGACUCCUACACGACAUCCAGCACCCAGACACAGGAACAAAACAAACAGCAGCUGGAGAACUUGGUGCAGAUGUUCAUGGAGACUGUCAAUGAGGUAAAAACAGCAACAUCGGAGAGUCAGUCGGCCCUGGCAGAGUCGAGUUCGGGGCACCUGUCGGCGCUGCAGGGCUCCGUGGCGGAGCACCGCGGGACUCUGCGCCAGUCCCUGGCCGGGUUCCUACAACACUUUGCUACUUCGCUGCAACAGGCACACAAUGUCGACGUCAAAGGAAAUGUCGCCAACUUCGUGCAGCAGUGGUACACAGGCGCAGCGGACCGAGUAUCGUCUUUACAGCGUGUGCACAGUGGGUUCAGUUCCCGCGCGGAGACAUGCGUGGCGACGCGGGCGCAGGCCGAGCGAAGUGCCAGGGACCAAUGGCGGGCGCACAAGCUACGGAGGGCUAAUAAGACACAGGCCUGUCUUGCUGAAAUGCAAGAAGAAUCAGUCCGUCUUGAAAAACUACUGACACAGCAACUAUCAGACAUUGAGACAGAACGAGCACAAACUGAGCACAGACUACAAGAAUGGAUGGAAGAAAAGAGAAGAUUGUUAGAGGAAGAACUAGCGAGACACGUAGCUUCAGAGAAACAAGCUUUAGAAGACAGACUGGCUAAGAAGGUCACAGAAAUAGAGUUACAGAAGAAAAUGCUUCAAGAGAGGAUGGAGCGCUACAAAGAGUGGGAACAGAUACAAAUGGAGGCGGACAGAGAAGAGAUGGAGAUGGCAGAGAGAGAAUUGGAAGAGAAUGAUAAAGGCAGAGAGGACUGUGUUAAGGAUAUCAAGAAGUAUAGCAAGGAGUUUGAAGAAGGUACGAACGCGAUCAGCGUGGACAUGGAGAUAUUCAGCAAGAACGUGGUGGAGGUGGUGGAACACAUCAACAAUGAGAUGCUCCGGGCGCUCGACCAGACCAGGGUGCAGGUCGAGGGAGAAGUAUCGAAGGUAGUAUCAGCGGACGAGGCGACAUGCCUGCAGCUGACGCAGUCUGCCGACGUCACCGUGCAGAACCUGUUGGAUACCACCAAGCACAUCACUGAACAACUUGUCAACAAGAUUGCGAGCAACACAGGCACAGCCCUGCAACUCCUGCGCGACGUGUGUGACUCCACUCGCCAACUGGUGUCUACGACCCACUCCCUACACAGUACCCACUCCGCGUCGUGUACCCAGGCGCGGGAACAAGUCGCCACGCUGCAGGAACAGCUGUACCAGGCCAUCGCCCGGCACCAACAACUCGAGAACAGAUACCUCAGCAAUGAGUACAAGCUGUACUCUCCUACUGGCAAGACCCCGUCCCGCGUGGAGUACCGCUACCCGCGGGUCCUGGCCGCCACCUCCCCGCACGACAGACUGCUCGCCAGGUUCCGAGCUAUGCGGCAGAAUUCUACAGACGAUGACUGUGUGGUAGUAGAAUCCGACACAGAAACGUCGACCCGACAGGUCAGUGACUCCGAGUGUUCCUCCGAGGACUCAGCGCACUUCCUCGCGCCGUCGCCGCCCGAACCACGGGACACUAGGGACGCACGGGAACCUAGGAACAUUAGGGACAAACUCGUCAAGAGCACAUCCGAGACUGACAUACUCUACACUAUUAGGAAGCAACAAGAAAACGCCAAAGAGAACGCAGAACGCUCAGUUUCAGGCAAAAAGCCAUCCAAGCUACCAGCGCCCUCAUCGCACAAGAAACCUUUAACGGAACGAAACGCAAACUGACACAUCUACCCACUAUACUGCCCAGUACCUUGAUUUAAUACGGUAUGAAGAUGUAUUGUGUUCAAUAUAAAAGUUCUAUGUUGCAAAAUGUAACCGCUAGAGGCGCUAGUUACGCUUGGCCCCCGAAAUAAAACCUUUACAACUAUAGUUAUAGUUUUUAUCAGGUUUUAUAAAUCUUAAAACCAGUGUUUUUCUAAAGUUUCUGGCGUAUAUGUGUCUCGUAGCGUAAAAUCUCACCGAUUUGGCAUUUUAAUACGAAUUUUGAUUAAUAUAAUAUUAAUUUUAUAAGGAGUAAGUUUGUAUUCAGUGUGCUAUGCUUUUGUUUGUCGACAUAUUUCAUUGAAUAAUUGAUUUAUUGGUAUUAUGACAGUUGGCGAACUGUAAUUAUUGACGAAUGUAUAACAUUAUGCGGUUUUAAAAGAAUAAAAACACCCUACAAAGUGAUUAUCCAUAUCAUUUGGCCAUGUCAGCUGUCAAUUUAGAUAUUUAAAAUAUAUUCAUAAUAAAUAAUUAUUCGGUAUUCUUACUAUACUUACCCUAAGCUGCUAUAGUAGCUAUAAAGGGCUUUAGGCAUUUCCCUAAUUUUACAUUCAUAUCCAAGAUUUCAAUUAGAAUUUAACUUACAUAUAUCUUUAAAUUAAUUUUGGUAUUUUAUAGAAUUAUAGUUUUUAUAUGUAUCGUGUUAAGAUUAUAUAUCGUUCGUACUAUAUAAUUGUUUAGAUAGUUUAUUUAGCUUGUUCACAUACUUCGUAUAUGAGUGUUGUGUGCAACAAUGUAAUUAGCAAUAAAAUUUAAAUUAUGGGA